GGCUUCUUAAUGCUGUUCUUUGAUUCCUUCUUUAUUAUCUUUUUCUUUGGUUUCUUUAUCUAUGAGCUUUUCAGAGCCUUGUAUGCUCAUAUUUUAGAGUGUUUCCAAUUUUUUUGCUUAGUUUCGUGCUCUUAUUAUGGUAUCGAUAGCUUCUUUGGCAAAUCUUGGCUAAAUCUUUGUUCCAGUAGAAGCCUCUCUCUUGAAACUUCUUUCAUGUGGGCUUCUUUCCGAUGAAUUUGCAAAAAUUCAUUAUUCCUUGAGGCUUUUUUGUGUAUAUCUUCCUCUUAGCAAUUUCAAAGAUUACUCCCACAAGAGUUAAAUGAGGUUAGUAUGUAGAAAGAUUUAGCAAUUCGGAUUUUCAUUAAUGUUGGUAUUGUUCUACUUCUCUUGGCUAAGCUAAGGGAAGAGUCAUCAACCAUCAUUCUAACAGGUUCCUCAUCACCUACUGUGAGCACUCUUAAGUAUUUAGGUAGAGUCUCAAAGAAGCACCAAACAGUGUUGGAAUUGUUGGUUCCAUCUAUGACUAUUCUAACCCAGUGCUCAUUGAAAACCAAGCCAAGACUAACAGAUACCCUUCCUCUCGAGUCUGGUUGAUGAUAGGAUGAAGCUUUCCUUGUGGGAGCCAGGAGUAAUGAACCUUUACAAACCUAUCUAAGGAGCAUUAGUCAAAUCUACUACUCAGUACUCAUUUCUCAAAGACUCCAACUCCUUUGAUCAAAAGAGGCUCUGCAAAAAGAUAGAUCCGGGAUUCUUGUUUACGAAUGAUCUAUUUAUUUUUUUAAGUUAUACUUAAAUUAUUUCUAUGAAAAGUUCCUUACUUUAUUGUAUGAAGGACUAGUGCCUUAACCAUCUUUAACAAGUUUCUAAAUUAUGUCAAUUGCCAUAGGAAACGUUAGAGGCUCAGCAAAGGUCCUGAUCAUAAUCUGUUCUGCAAUUAUCAAGCAUUGGGGCUCAUUCCUACUCUUAAAAUACUAUAUUUUCUUCUUUUCCAACUCUUUUAUUUCAUUUGAGAGCCUGAUAAGUGUUGAAGGAGCAACCCUCAGAACUUGAUCCAAAAUAUUGUUG